UUACCGGAGGUCAUUUAACUAUUCACGUCUCUCGUGCUUGCAGACUCUUGGAAAGCAUCAAUCGUUCGGCAUCCUACGCCCUGUCAUGCAUGUUAAGUCGGAAGGAAUGUCCGUUGUGUUCCGCCUGGACGCUGCUCAGACAAGGAGUGUGUUGAGCACUGCUGGGACCUUGGGGCUUGCUUACGCAGUUGUAACCUGCAUUGAGUGGUGGCCAGCACGAGUUUUAACAGGUGCCGGCGAAUCUAGGUCGAUGUUAGAGCUGAUCCGUUUGAAGGUCAGUUCUAGGAACACCUAUGUUGGUCUGAGAUCAGGAACAAGUCUGCCUGUCCGCGGUGCUGUGGGAGAGGCUUUGGUGUUUGAGCUUGUGACACAAGGCAGGAAACGAGCAGAUGCCCAAACGAAAGUAGGAAGAGAUUCUGCUCGACCGACAUAUGUUAUCUGGGCAAACAUAGGGGAAAGUGUUAACGGUGAGGUGGCUGUUUCAGACGAGCGAGGGGCUUUGCUGAAUGUGGUAGCAAUAGUAGUUUGUGCUCUAGUGUUAUUGCUGGAUGCGCAAUAUCAUGAAUGGCUCUCCCUUUUGAUGGUGGGCACUGGCAUGUUUUUUAACGCCGCGCUGGGAGUUUUACUUCGAUUGAGAAAUUAUGAGUUCAUUCGCACGAAAGCAGCACAAGAUUCGCCUCCUGGAGACUCUUUGAUACUGCUGAAUGAUGAACCAGAUACACUCUGCGUGUUACGGGGCAGCGAGGAUGCUAUUCAGAGACUGUUGCAAAGGGAAUUAAUAGAAACCGGCUUUACUAAGCCUCUUCCGUUGUUUAUGGUGUGUGUGGCUAUGAUGACUUACUCAGCUGUAGUGAUAUUAGUGGUGCCACUUAUGGGAGUAAUUGGUCAACUAUUGUUGUUGAUAGCAAUCUUCUUCGGAGCAAUGGUCGAUCUGUUGAAGGGUAGUUGGGAUGGCAAGAGAGCAAUUGCAAAAGAGGCCAUUGGUAAGUACGGUAUACAAAUAGUUGGCGUGAAAAAAUUCGGAAAUCGAACUGCGGCAGUGGCGUCUGUAGCUGCUGGUAGUUCUAAGACAGACGCGUUGCAACGAUCAGGUGUGUUGCCUGCAACUGGCUUGGUAUGGGAAAGAUGGUGGGGAGCAUUAAAUACCCUGGUUCAAGAAGCUGGGGAACAGGACCGAAGUACACUCGCUGCUCUUGUUGAAAGUAAGCAUUCGUCACCGUUAAUUGAUCCGCUAUGGACCACUUUACGAAAUGACAUGUUGGAUGGUUAUACAGAAACGUAACACCCUCUAGAGGUUGAUAGCAUGUUGCUUUGUAGAAGAUUUAGCAUUGCAGCAUGAACAUUAAAAUGUGAACAUUAAAACUGAGUUACUUUGAUGUUAUGUGACGGAUUUGCAACGAGUUGGUAUGUUAAAUUCUUUGAAAGUUAAAGUACAUAGUUUUAUCUGUGUGUUUAGAUGUCAAUCCUAGAUGCUAUUAGUAAGGAAAUGGACAGGGCUUAGAUGUUGAGUAGCGUGAUCAAGAUGAGAAACUUUCUGUGUGCGUAAACCACAGAUGAUUUCUGUUGUAAUCCUGUGUGUAUGUGAUGCUCUUGCCAGUACUGUAUAAAAUUUGUCCCGAUUAUAUAACACCAAUUCAA